AAUAACAAUAGAGUGACGAAACAAGAUAGCUUAGACGAUUCAACAAAGCAUUCAUCAGAAAGAUAACAAUGUACCCCCGUUUUUCCGCCUUCACGAGGCGACUGGCCCGAAUCUUGACGAAGUUUUCCAGCUAUUCAGAGUACGACAAUUUCACGGCGACAUAAUAAUUCAGCGAAGAAAGAAAUGGAAAAGAAGACGCAACACCGCGAUGUGAUGGUUCUAGUGAUGGUGAAGGUGGGGAACCAAUGUGAGACCAAGGGACGACACCGUCGCUGCGGGAAAGCUGAUGCCGGUGAAAGCAGUGGACGCCUUCUUAGAUCCCGAUCGAGACUCGUGGGACAUCGGCUUAAGCCAGUCCACGUGCAGAAGGCGUGUAUUGUUACCGCUGUUCUCUGUCACUUCAGUGAAGUGUCGUAGGGCGCCUUUAACACUUCGCCUCUCGAUCAGAGCAUAUAAGCGUCGCCGACGCUUCAAGAAGAAGCUGUGUCGACUUCAUCUUGUAGAGUAGUUUGUUCGUUUACGAUAAAUUAAAGCUAGGCAAGAGGAAUCAGUGAUAUCAAAAUGGCGGUGUCUACACGGAAUUCCAAAACCAUUGGAAAUACCGUGCAUUUCGCCGAAGUCUUCAAUAAAGUGAGAGAUUCGUGAGAGAAAUGCGACCAUGAAUUACAUUUGUCACAUUUAAGAGGCUUUGUGAUCCGGAACUAAAAUCAAUAAUCAAAUCUUAUCAAACGCAAUUUAAAAUCUGAGAUUUUUGUCAGGAGAUAUCGAUCUCAUCUAAUCAUCAAAUAAAAGUGGAAAAUUAUUCGUUACUAUUCGAAAUAGAAAAAAAAGCAAAAAAUUUCAAAAAAUUGUGUGCCAAAUAAUUCCUUAAACAUUUUUGCAAGUGAAAUUUCAACUAGUCGAAUCUUAUAAGAGAAACUUGACUUACAACUUGUAACUAAGUCAAGUUUCUCUUCGAAUAAUUUCUCUUCGAAUAAUUUCGGUCUUCAGUCGAUCUGAGAUAUUCUGCCUGUUCUUCAUCAGUCGCCGGAGAAGGAAAUGGACCGACCCUAAGUUAUUCUCACCAGUGCAUCCCUUUUAACUUUCGAGAGUGCAGUGACAUAGUAACAAUGCGCGAAAUAUCCUCGAAGUGACAAGCGGAAGUCAAAGUCGAUCAUGAAGAUCGUACUCGGAGUGCUUCUGAUUACCGUGGCGAGCGCUUUCGAUCACCAUGACACUUAUUCGUGGAAACACAGGGAGGAUUGCAAGAUCGCGGCUGCGAGCCGCUCGACCAUACCAAUCAAAGUUAAGGAAACUCGUCUCCAGCGAUCCAAUGUGCAUCGAUUGAGACCAUCAAAUUCAUUUGUGAAUAAUGGUUUUCAAAACUCACCGAGAAGAUUUGCUGUGGCCGACGAUUCGGAUGAACAACACGAUCUUUGGAAGUCCGAAGCCACGAGGACGAGGCAGGAUUUAACGCGUGAGAAUCGAGCCAUCGAGAGCACUCUGAAAAACGUGGUAGGCAGACCAUCCUUGGAAAAAGUCGAGCAGUAUCAAUAUUUUUCGAAUUUUCCAUACACCAAUGAGGGAUCCACUGACGCCAUAUUGGAGAACACGGAUUAUCCGAAAAGCUCGGUGUUCUCCAAAGAUAUCCAAGAGGAUUUUUUAAGUCAUAAUACGGAGGGGACGGAUUGGAAUGGACAGGAAGUGUUCGAGAAGGAUUUGCAAAGCGAAGAAGAAGAAGAAGAAAUAAAUAUCCAGGAAUUACUGAAUGAAAUGAGACAAAAGGUAACAGGUGGACAUCGGCAAGCCAGAAGGAGGAAAUUGACAAGCCAGCAACAAGGUGCUUUGUUGGUGGAGACGCUCAGAAAGAAACGAAAUUACACUAGUGAUCAUCGAGGACACAGUUCCAAUCUCCAGAGUGGCCUUAUGGAAAUGUUGGGCAGAAUGAUACCACAAACGUGCAAGUAUAGAGGUGCGAAAUUCGAGUGCGGCCUCAGCAUCAGCUGCGUUUUGGGCGGCGGUCGACCUGUCGAUCUCUGUUCCGGAGGUUUAAUAUGGAGCUGCUGCGUGGAUGACGAUGACAUACCUGAAAAACCGCGACCUACCGUGGGUUUGCUGCAAAAUGCCACGUUUUCCAUAAAUCUCGGGCACCAACAGCCGUACGUGGACGACGUGCACAUUUACAGCAGCGCGGUAAGGCCCAGCAGGCCCUCACUUGGCCACGAGACCCACCGGCCCACGUAUACGACGACGAGUGGCGUCGGUAAUCCGACCAGUCUUUAUGAUCCGUCUUACGCGAUCUGGAGCCACGAUCGGCCGAACGAUCUCGCGGUCGGCCACGAUCGACCGACGUACGCCACUCGUCCGUAUCACACAGUUCCGGAGUAUCCGCAGGACGAGUACGUCAGCGGCUAUCCGCCCGCCGCUUCCGGUGUGCCGAUCGAGGACUCGUCCGACGCCAUGGACUACUCCAGAUACCGUGGCUGUGGCGAGCUCUACACGAGGAGCAACAGAAUCGUAGGCGGACAUUCGUCAAGUUUCGGCAGCCAUCCGUGGCAGGCUGCCAUUAUCAAGUCGGGAUUCUUACAGACUAAGCUGUCUUGCGGCGGUGCCUUGCUGAACAACAGAUGGGUGGUCACUGCGGCACACUGCGUCGCGUCGACGCCGAAUAACAAUUUGAAAGUUCGACUCGGAGAAUGGGACGUUCGAGACCAAUCAGAACAGCUUAUCCAUGAAGAAUUCAAUAUUGAGAGAAAAGAGAUACACCCGCAAUACUCUCCUACGGACUUCCGCAAUGACGUAGCUUUGGUGAAGCUGUCCCGGAUGGUAGCUUUCAAGCAGCACAUCGUCCCGGUUUGCCUGCCGGCUAGGAAUUUGAAGCUCUCCGGCCGAACCGCAACCGUCGCUGGUUGGGGACGAACUAGGCAUGGUCAAACUUCGGCGCCAUCCGUUCUUCAAGAAGUCGACGUCGAAGUAAUACCGAACGAUAAAUGUCAAAAGUGGUUCAGAGCAGCAGGAAGAAGAGAAACUAUUCACGACGUAUUUCUGUGCGCAGGUUAUAGGCAAGGUGGACGAGAUUCUUGUCAGGGAGAUUCGGGCGGACCGCUAACAAUGUCAGUGGAAGGCAGACAUGUCCUGAUCGGUUUGGUUUCCUGGGGCAUCGGUUGCGGUCGUGAACACUUACCCGGUGUAUAUACCAAUAUCCAGAAAUUCGUGCCCUGGAUCGAUAAGGUUAUGAGUUAAAGCGGAAAAGAGAAAUCUCAGUUCUUUCACAGGACGCGUUGAUUUUAUC